AUUUCGAUUAACAUAAUUCUGUUCACUAAAAGACUCGAAGCAAAAGCAACAGUAGUGAGAGAAAAUAAGAGAGAGAUGAGACUCUGUGGUUGACAAACUCUUUUGCUCUCACAAAGAAAGAUAACAUAUUUUCUUUUCUUUUCAGUGGGUAGUUUUAAAAUAUUUACAAAAAAAGAGACUCUGUCUGAAGAAAGCUAAAGAGUUAAAGACCUUAAAGAGUUGUCAUGAUUCUUAGCAAAAGAAACUGUAUUUUUGGAGAUUUCUGAAGGGUUAUGCAGUGAGAGAGAGAGAGAGAGUAGAGAGAGAGUAGAGACAUGGUGGGCUCAGGAAGUGUAGGAGGAGAUAGAAGCAAAGAUGCUGUAGGAAUGAUGGCACUUCACGAGGCACUUAGAAGCGUCUGUCUUAACUCCGACUGGAUUUACUCUGUUUUUUGGACCAUUCGUCCCCGACCGAGGGUCCGUGGUGGUAGUGGCUGCAAGAUUGGUGACGAAAGUGGCAGCUUGAUGUUGAUGUGGGAAGAUGGGUUUUGCGGAGGAAGAAGUGAAGAUCUUUGUCUGGAACCAGACAUUGAAGGUGAAGAUCUUGUCAGAAAAGCUUUCAGCAAGAUGUCCAUUCAGUUAUAUAAUUAUGGAGAAGGAUUGAUGGGUAAAGUUGCAUCUGACAAAUGUCACAAGUGGGUAUUCAAAGAACCAUCUGAAUCUGAACCCAAUCUUGCUAAUUACUGGCAGAGUUCUUUUGAUGCUCUUCCUCCAGAAUGGACCGACCAAUUCGAAUCAGGCAUCCAGACAAUUGCUGUGAUUCAAGCUGGUCAUGGUCUGUUACAGCUAGGUUCUUGCAAGAUUAUUCCAGAGGAUCUUCAUUUUGUGCUGAGGAUGAGGCAAACGUUUGAAUCAAUCGGUUAUCGAUCCGGUUUUUACCUCUCCCAGCUCUUUGCUUCAAACCGAACAGCAACAACUCCAUCUUCUUCCUCGGUUCCAAACCAGCAACCUCAGUCUCAGGCUUUUAACUGGGGAUCACACUCUCCAUUCUUACCUUCUCCUACUUUUCAAAACCAACUACCUGCAUCUACAAGAUUCGGUUUCCUUCAAGAAACCAAUGCUCCUCCUCCUCCUCCUCCUCCUCCUCAGAUGCUUCCUCCAAUGGAAGAACACGAAGAUGACAUCAAAUGGCCCAACGGUUUAUCUCUGUUCAAUGCCUUGACUGGCCGUGCAGACGAAGCUAGUAGACUUCUUUUUAAUCACGAGCAGAACCCGAUGAAUCUCGAAAACCAGAACGAGUUCUUGAGCCUUGAAAGUAAUCAUCAUCCUAACAAGUUUAGAAGAAGCUAUACAUUGCCAGCAAGAAUGGAUUCUUCUUCAUCAUCAACUUCUCUCGAUCAGCAACCACUAGAGUUCAGGAACAACUCCGGAAGCAACGCAGGAAUGUUCCCUGACGUUAUGGAGACGUUCUUGAGGUGAUUGACAAGUUCAAGAUUCAGGUUUAAAGAGAGAUGAAUCUUCUCAAAAGAUUAACGAAAAGCUUUCAAUGCUAGUUUUUUUUUAGUUUAAUCUGUUCUUGUUACUUUGUUUCUUUCUUUAAAUCUCCUCCU